GGCCGUGUGGAAAGUGUCAAAAUUCUCCCAAAGAGGGGAUCUGAAGGAGGAGUGGCUGCCUUUGUGGAUUUUGUGGACAUCAAAAGUGCACAGAAAGCUCACAACUCAGUCAACAAAAUGGGAGAUAGAGACCUACGCACGGAUUAUAAUGAACCAGGCACCAUUCCGAGUGCUGCUCGGGGAUUGGAUGAUACAGUUUCCAUAGCAUCUCGUAGUAGAGAGGUUUCUGGGUUCAGAGGAGGUGGUGGAGGGCCUGCUUAUGGCCCCCCACCAUCACUUCAUGCACGAGAAGGACGUUAUGAGCGGAGACUUGAUGGGGCUUCAGAUAACAGGGAGCGUGCUUAUGAACAUAGUGCCUAUGGACACCAUGAACGGGGGACGGGAGGAUUUGAUCGGACAAGACAUUACGAUCAGGAUUACUAUAGAGAUCCUCGAGAGCGGACUUUACAGCAUGGGCUCUAUUACACUUCUCGGAGUCGAAGUCCAAACCGUUUUGAUGCUCAUGACCCCCGAUACGAACCUAGGGCUCGGGAGCAGUUUACACUGCCCAGUGUGGUACACAGGGAUAUCUACAGGGAUGAUAUUACCCGGGAGGUACGAGGCAGAAGGCCAGAGCGGAAUUACCAGCACAGCAGGAGUCGGUCACCACAUUCAUCCCAGUCUAGAAAUCAGUCUCCUCAGAGACUGGCUAGCCAAGCAUCUAGACCCACAAGGUCCCCUAGCGGCAGCGGCUCUAGGAGUAGAUCCUCCAGUAGUGAUUCAAUCAGCAGCAGCAGUAGUACCAGCAGUGACAGCAGUGAUUCCAGCAGUAGUUCAAGUGAUGAUUCUCCAGCCCGAUCAGUUCAGUCUGCAGCAGUCCCAGCACCCACUUCCCAGUUGCUUUCAUCUCUGGAAAAAGAUGAGCCCCGCAAAAGUUUCGGGAUCAAAGUUCAGAAUCUUCCAGUACGCUCUACAGAUACAAGCCUUAAAGAUGGCCUUUUCCAUGAGUUUAAGAAAUUUGGAAAGGUGACUUCAGUGCAGAUACAUGGAACUUCCGAAGAGAGGUAUGGUCUGGUAUUCUUUCGGCAGCAAGAGGACCAAGAAAAAGCAUUGACUGCAUCAAAAGGAAAACUUUUCUUUGGCAUGCAGAUUGAAGUAACAGCAUGGAUAGGGCCAGAAACAGAAAGUGAAAAUGAAUUUCGUCCUUUGGAUGAAAGGAUAGAUGAAUUUCAUCCCAAAGCAACAAGAACCCUCUUCAUUGGCAACCUUGAGAAAACCACUACUUACCAUGAUCUUCGCAAUAUCUUCCAACGGUUUGGGGAAAUUGUGGACAUCGAUAUUAAGAAAGUAAAUGGGGUUCCCCAGUAUGCGUUCUUGCAGUACUGUGAUAUCGCCAGUGUGUGUAAAGCUAUUAAGAAGAUGGACGGGGAAUACCUAGGAAAUAAUCGCCUCAAGCUGGGUUUUGGAAAGAGCAUGCCCACAAAUUGCGUGUGGUUAGAUGGGCUUUCUUCAAAUGUGUCUGAUCAGUAUUUAACACGACAUUUUUGCCGAUAUGGGCCUGUGGUAAAGGUGGUGUUUGACCGCUUAAAAGGCAUGGCCCUGGUUCUCUACAAUGAAAUCGAAUAUGCUCAAGCAGCUGUAAAGGAGACCAAGGGGAGAAAAAUUGGUGGGAACAAAAUUAAGGUGGAUUUUGCAAAUCGGGAAAGUCAGCUGGCAUUUUAUCACUGUAUGGAAAAAUCUGGUCAAGAUAUCAGAGACUUUUAUGAAAUGUUAGCAGAAAGAAGAGAGGAACGAAGGGGAUCUUAUGACUAUAGCCAAGAUCGUACAUAUUAUGAGAAUGUUCGUACUCCAGGGACAUAUCCUGAGGAUACUAGACGGGACUAUACUGCUCGAGGGAGAGAAUUUUAUUCAGAGUGGGAAACCUACCAAGGAGACUACUAUGAAUCCCGAUAUUAUGAUGAUCCUCGGGAAUACAGGGAUUACAGGAGCGAUCCCUAUGAACAAGAUAUUCGGGAGUACAGCUACAGGCAAAGGGAACGAGAGCGUGAGAGAUUUGAGUCUGACAGGGACAGAGACCACGAGAGGAGGCCGAUUGAGCGCAGCCAGAGUCCAGUGCACUUGAGGCGCCCGCAGAGCCCUGGCGCGUCGCCCUCCCAGUCCGAGAGAUUGCCCAGCGAUUCCGAGAGGAGGCUCUACAGCCGGUCCUCAGACCGGAGUGGCAGCUGUAGCUCACUCUCCCCUCCAAGAUAUGAUAAACUUGACAAGUCUCGCUUGGAACGCUACACAAAAAAUGAAAAGACAGAAAAAGAACGAACAUUUGAUCCUGAGAGAGUAGAAAGAGAGAGACGCUUAUUAAGGAAGGAAAAAGUGGAGAAGGACAAAACUGACAAACAGAAACGAAAAGGAAAAGUCCAUUCCCCUAGUUCUCAGUCCUCAGAAACAGACCAAGACAAUGAGAGAGAACAGAGCCCCGAAAAGCCCAGGAGUUCUAAUAAACUGAGCAGAGAGAAAGCUGAUAAAGAAGGAAUGGCCAAGAACCGCCUAGAACUCAUGCCUUGUGUGGUAUUGACUCGAGUGAAAGAAAAAGAGGGGAAGGUUCUUGACCAUGCUCCCGUGGAAAAGCUGAAAGCCAAGCUGGAUAACGAGGCUGUCAAGUCUUCUGCCCUAGAUCAGAAACUCCAGGCCUCUCAGACAGACCCUGCAAAAUCUGACUUGUCUAAAGUGGAAUCUGGGAGGAUCAAAAUGCCAAAGGAGAAGGGACUUUCAAGCCACAUAGAAGUGGUAGAUAAGGAAGCCAGGCUGAAACCUAGGAAACACCUGAAACCAGAGCAGACCACAGAUGGGGUAAGCGCGGCGGAUCUGGAGAAGCUGGAAGCCAGGAAAAGGCGUUUUGCAGAAUCCAAUUUGAAAGCAGAGAGGCAGAAAUCGGAAGUCAAGAAAAGUAGUCCAGAAAUGGAGGAUACUCGAGUGCUUUUAAAAAAGCAGCCUGACAUGCCGUCAAGAGAUGUCGUUCUCCUGAGGGAAGGAGAGUCGGAAAGAAAGCCUGUGAGGAAAGAAAUUCUUAAAAGAGAAUCUAAAAAAAUCAAACUAGACAGACUAAAUGCUUUUCCCAGCCCCAAAGACUGUCAGGAGCUUGCCAGUGUUUCUGCUGGGGCUGGCUCCAGGCCCAACUCAGAUCUUCAGGCAAGGCCAGGAGAACCAGUAGGUGAGUCUGUGGAAAGCCAAGAGACCCAGUCAAAAAAACUUACUCCCUCGAAACCACAGCUCAAACAGGUGCAUCUGGUAGAUGAUCAAGGGCCAGAAAGAGAGGAUAUUAGGAAAAACUAUUGCAGUCUUCGUGAUGAAACACUGGAAUGUAAAUCAGGCCAAGAGAAACCACAUUCAGUAAAUACAGAAGAAAAAAUUGGCAUUGAUAUUGAUCACACGCAGAGUUACCGAAAACAAAUGGAGCAGAGUCGUAGAAAACAGCAGAUGGAGAUGGAGAUAGCCAAGUCUGAGAAGUUCGGCAGUCCUAAAAAAGACGUCGAUGAAUAUGAAAGACGGAGUCUUGUUCAUGAGGUAGGCAAACCCCCUCAAGAUGUCACUGAUGACUCUCCUCCUAGCAAAAAGAAAAGGAUGGACCAUGUUGAUUUUGAGAUCUGUACCAAGAGAGAGAGGAAUUACAGAAGUUCACGCCAGAUCAGUGAAGAUUCUGAAAGGACUGGCUGUUCUCCCAGCAUCCGACAUGGCUCCUUCCAUGAAGAAGAUGACCCUGUGGGCUCCCCUAGGCUAAUGGCAGUAAAAGGGUCCCCUAAAGUAGAUGAGAAAGGUCUCCCUUAUUCUCAUAUAACAGUCAGAGAAGAGUCCUUAAAAUUUAAUCCUUACGAUUCUACCAGGAGAGAACAGAUGGCAGACAUGGCCAAAAUAAAGCUUUCUGUCUUGAAUUCUGAAGAUGAACUGAACCGCUGGGACUCCCAGAUGAAACCAGAUGGCAGCAGAUUUGAUGUGAGCUUCCCAAACAGCAUAAUCAAGAGAGACAGCCUUCGAAAGCGGUCGGUGCGUGACUUAGAACCUGGUGAGGUGCCCUCUGAUUCUGAUGAAGAUGCCGAACACAAAUCCCACUCACCCAGAGCCUCUGCGUUAUAUGAAAGUUCUCGGUUGUCUUUUUUAUUGAGGGACAGAGAAGAUAAACUACGUGAGCGAGAUGAAAGACUUUCCAGUUCUUUGGAAAGGAACAAGUUUUAUUCUUUUGCAUUGGACAAGACCAUCACACCAGACACUAAGGCUUUGCUUGAAAGAGCUAAGUCCCUCUCUUCAUCUCGAGAAGAAAAUUGGUCUUUUCUUGACUGGGACUCCAGGUUUGCAAAUUUUCGAAACAACAAAGAUAAAGAAAAGGUCGACUCUGCACCAAGGCCCAUCCCAUCCUGGUACAUGAAAAAGAAGAAAAUACGGACUGAUUCAGAAGGAAAAAUGGACGACAAAAAAGAUGAUCAUAAAGAAGAGGAGCAGGAAAGGCAAGAACUAUUUGCCUCUCGUUUUUUACACAGCUCAAUCUUUGAACAAGACUCUAAGCGAUUGCAGCACCUGGAGAGAAAAGAUGAAGAUUCUGACUUUGCUUCCGGGAGGUUGUACGGGAGGCAGACGUCUGACGGGGCCAGCAGCGCACCUGACUUGGUCCAAGAGCCAGUGGUUCUUUUCCAUAGCCGGUUUAUGGAACUCACACGGAUGCAACAGAAAGAGAAAGAGAAGGACCAAAAACCCAAAGAGGCUGAGAAACAGGAAGAUUCAGAGAAUCACCCCAAGACCCUGGACUCCGCUUCUGAAAAUAAAGAGUCAGAACUAAAAUCUCCGUCCUCGCUCGGACCGCCUGCUGUCACCGCUGUAACUCCAGAGUCGGCGGUGCCGGAGAAGGUGGCGCUCAGUGAAAAAGCAGGAGAGGUGCCUUCGGUGACAGAGGAGAAGGCCACAGAGCCAGCCUCCAUCACAGAAGAAGCAAAACCUGGGUCUGAACUGGCUCCUGUUGCAGGGGAGCCGCCCGGACGAGCAGACUUGCUCCCAGGCGCCGACGCCACUAAAGAGGCUGCUGGGCUGCCGUCAGCUGAGGAAGGUUCUUCCCCAGACCAGCUGACUUACCUGGAUGCUAAGCCUCCAACUCCUGGGGCCUCAUUUUCCCAGGCUGAAAGCAUGGCAGCUCCUGAACCUGACAGUACCCAGCCACUCUCCAGACAGCCUGAGGGUGCCAGUGAGCCAACAGUGGGGAAGUCAGACCCAGCUGCUGGCGUUGACCCUGGCGCAGAUCAGAAAGCUGAAGCUGUCCCUGAAGUUCCACCUCAGCCUUCGGAAGAUGCAGAGGUUGACCCUCCAGUUGCUGCAAAAGACAAAAAGCCAAACAAAAGCAAACGUUCCAAGACCCCUGUUCAGGCAGCUGCAGCGAGCGUCAUAGAGAAGCCCGUCACGAGGAAGAGUGAGCGGAUAGACCGGGAAAAGCUCAAGCGCUCGAAUUCUCCUCGGGGAGAAGCACAGAAGCUUCUGGAAUUGAAGAUGGAGGCAGAGAAGAUUACAAGGACUGCCUCCAAACACUCUGCUGCGGACCCCGAACACCCCGAGCCGAGUUUGCCCCUCAGCCGGACAAGGCGCCGCAACGUGAGGAGUGUCUAUGCAACGAUGGGGGACCAUGAGCACCGCUCUCCGGCCAAGGAGCCCGUGGAGCAGCCCCGAGUGACCAGGAAGAGGCUGGAGCGGGAGCUUCAGGAGGCAGCGGCAGCUCCUACCACGCCCAGGCGGGGAAGGCCCCCCAAGACACGCCGCAGAGCCGAGGAAGAGGAUGAGGCUGAGGCAAAAGAAGUCGUGGAAACGGUGAAACCAGCAGAGGGUUGGAGGUCCCCGCGAUCCCAGAAGUCAGGAGCCACUGGAGGCCCACAAGGAAAAAAAGGGAGAAGUGAGCCAAAAGUGGACGCUGAACGUCCUGAGGCCACCACUGAGGUGAAUCCCCAAGUAAACAUGAAAGAAAGUAGCACAAAGGCCAAGGCUGAUAAAGAAGAAACGGGAAGUGAACAGAAACGUGACAAAAAAGAAGUUAGCACUGACAAAAAUGCACCUGAAACCCCUGCAGUUGAAGUGGUGGAGAAGAAAACAGCCCCUGAAAAAAACUCCAAGUCAAAGAGGGGAAGAUCUCGAAACUCCAGGUCAGCCGUGGACAAAUCUGCAAAUCUGAAAAGCGUGGACUCUAGUGUCAGUCCUGGAGUGGCUGCCGGCCUUGCGGCUCUGGCUGUGGAGAAGGAGGUGGGGCUGGCGGUGGUUGCUGUCUCCCCAGAGAAGAGUGAGAGUCCCCAGAAGGACGGGCGCUUGUCAUCCCCACUGAGCAGUGAUCCGGACAAGGAACCGGAGAAGGACGACGGGCCUAAAAUGUCCCCAGAAGCAAAUCAGUUAGCCCAGCAGAUGGAGCUGGAACAGGCCGUGGAGAAUAUUGAAAAGCUCACGGAAACCUCUGGGACUUUCAAGGCGUCAGCAGCAGAUGCACCAGAGGGCCACGCCGCAGAGGACGGGGACAAGCCUGCACACCAGGCGAGCGAAACAGAGCUGGCUGCAGCCAUCGGGUCCAUCAUCAACGACAUUCCCGGGGAGCCAGAUCACUUCCCGGCACCUCCACCUUACCCCGCGGAGCCUCAGCCCGAGGGGCAGCCCCACUCUCGAGGGCUGCAGCCUCCCGAGGAAGGAAUGGGGCCUGAGACGGAUGAGGCUGUGUGUGGCAUCUUGGAGACCGAGGCUCCUACAGAAUCUUCUGGGCCAUCAGUCAGUGCUCCCGACCCCUUAGCAGCCACAGCAGACCCCAGGGAAGCUGUUGGGAACCGCAGCGAAGCCUCCCACCCGGUGCCCGAAGUCAAAGGAUCGAAGGAAGCAGAAGUUGCUCUUGCUCGGAAAGACAAAGGGCGGCAGAAAGCUCGAGCACGCCGCAAACGGAACACAAAGAAGCCGGGGGGGACGGGGGUCACUGCCGUUGCUGCAGAGACCCACGUCUCUGACCCCGAUCAGGUUCCAAGCAGGAGUCCCGCUGCACAGGAGGGGACGGCGGUCCAAGCCCCUGAGGCUCCUCAGGAGGGAAAGCCGAGUGAGAAGCCCCAGUCCUGUCCUCCCGAGUCACGUGCUUCUGAUCCAAGUAAAACUCCACCCACAGAGAAUUUGCCCCCAGAAAGCAGCGCCGAAGAAAAGACUCCACCCAAAUCGUCUGUACCCCUAGACCUCCCGCCUCCCUCACAGCCAGCACCAGGCGAUGAGGAGCCUCAGGCCAGAUUCAAGGUGCACUCCAUCAUUGAAAGUGACCCCGUGACCCCACCCAGUGAUUCGAGCACCCCUACCCCCACACUUACUUCUGUAACAGCAGCAAAACUCCCACCCCCCGUGACUGCCGGGGGGAUCCCACACCAGAGUCCCCCCACGAAGGUGACAGAGUGGAUCACGAGGCAGGAGGAACCUCGGGCUCGAUCCACCCCCUCUCCAGCUCUUCCCCCAGACACAAAGGCCUCUGACAUUGACACCAGCUCCAGCACUCUGAGGAAGAUCCUCAUGGACCCCAAGUACGUUUCCGCCACGGGCGUCACCACCACGAGCGUCACUACUGCCAUCGCUGAGCCUGUCAGUGCUGCCCCUUGUCUGCAUGAGGCUCCGCCCCCUGUGGUUGAAUCUAAAAAGCCUCCCUCAGAAGAAAAGUCGGCAGCUCUGGUUACAAACUCCUCGGAUACACCGUCUUCAGAGGUCCCAGUAGCCCCCGACAAGGAGAAGGUGGCUCCUGUCAUUGCACCCAAAAUUACUUCUGUCAUCAGCCGGAUGCCUGUCAGCAUUGACUUGGAGAAUUCACAAAAGAUAACUCUGGCAAAACCAGCUCCUCAAACCCUCACUGGCCUGGUGAGUGCCCUGACUGGCCUGGUGAACGUCUCCUUGGUCCCAGUGAACACGCUGACCGGCCCCGUGAACGCACUGAAGGGCCCGGUGAAGGGCUCAGUGACCACGCUGAAGGGCCUGGUGAACACGCCCGCUGGCCCCGUGAACCUCCUGAAGGGGCCGGUCAACGUCCUGACGGGGCCUGUGAACGUCCUCGCCACCCCAGUGAACGCCACUGUGGGCACCGUGAGCGCCACCACAGGUGUGGUAAGUGCCGCCGCGGGUGCUGUGACUGUCACCGCGGGCGCCGUGACUGCUGCCUCCGGGGGUACGACUGCCACGACAGGCGCGGUGACGGUGGCAGGCGCGGUCAUCACACCGUCCUCAAAGUGCAAACAGAGGUCAAGCACCAACGAGAACAGCCGCUUCCACCCAGGGUCCAUGUCGGUGAUCGACGACCGGCCGGCAGAGGCGGGCUCCGGCGCCGGGCUGCGAGUCAACACUUCAGAAGGUGUCGUGCUCCUGAGCUACUCAGGCCAGAAGACGGAAGGCCCGCAGCGCAUCAGCGCCAAGAUCAGCCAGAUCCCGCCUGCCAGUGCCAUGGACAUCGAAUUUCAGCAGUCGGUGUCCAAGUCCCAGGUCAAGCCCGACGCUGUCAUCCCAUCGCAGCCGCCACCCAAAGGCCCUCAGGCUCCUUCCGGCUACGCCAACGUGGCCACCCAUUCCACACUGGUCCUCACCGCCCAGACCUACAAUGCGUCCCCUGUGAUCUCGUCUGUGAAGGCCGACCGGCCGUCCUUGGAGAAGCCUGAGCCCAUUCACCUGUCUGUGUCCACCCCUGUCACCCAGGGCGGCACCGUGAAGGUCCUCACCCAGGGCAUAAACACACCCCCGGUGCUGGUUCAUAACCAGCUGGUCCUCGCCCCGAGCAUCGUCACGACCAAUAAAAAGCUUGCUGACCCUGUCACCCUCAAGAUCGAGACCAAGGUUCUUCAGCCGGCUAACCUGGGGUCCGCCCUCACCCCCCAUCACCCUCCUGCUCUGCCCAGCAAGCUGCCUGCAGAAGUGAACCACGUCACCUCGGGGCCCAGCACCCCCACAGAUCGAACUGUCUCUCACUUGGCAGCCACAAAGCCAGACGCCCACUCUCCUCGACCCAGUGGGCCGACGCCAUCCCCGUUCCCGAGGGCCGGCCACCCCAGCAGCACCACGUCCACGGCGCUCUCCACCAACGCCACGGUCAUGCUGGCCGCGGGCAUUCCGGUGCCGCAGUUCAUCUCCAGCAUCCACCCGGAGCAGUCCGUCAUCAUGCCUCCCCACAGCAUCACCCAGACCGUGUCCCUCAGCCACCUGUCCCAGGGCGAGGUGAGGAUGAACACGCCCGCCCUGCCCAGCAUCACCUACAGCAUCCGGCCAGAGACGCUGCACUCACCGCGGGCUCCCCUGCAGCCCCAGCAGGUAGAGGUCAGGGCGCCGCAGCGCGUGGGCACCCCGCAGCCAGCCGCCGCGGGCGUGCCCGCCCUGGCCCCCCAGCACCCUCCCGAGGAAGAAGUACACUACCACCUCCCGGUCGCCCGAGCCGCCGCCCCCGUGCAGUCGGAAGUGCUGGUGAUGCAGUCUGAGUACCGCCUGCACCCCUACACCGUGCCGCGGGACGUGAGGAUCAUGGUGCACCCCCACGUGACGGCCGUCAGCGAGCAGCCCCGGGCGGCGGACGGCGGUGGGAAGGGGCCGCCGGCCAGCAAGGCUCCGCCGCAGCCCGGGAAGGAAGCGGCCAAGACGGCAGAUGCCAAAGCGGCCCCCGCGCCCGCCCCUCACGGGGAGGCGCGCAUCCUCACAGUCACCCCCAGCAACCAGAUCCAGGGGCUACCGCUGACCCCGCCCGUGGUGGUGACGCACGGGGUGCAGAUCGUGCACUCCAGCGGGGAGCUCUUUCAAGAGUACAGGUACGGAGACAUCCGCACCUACCACGGCCCGGCGCAGCUCACGCACGCGCAGUUCCCUGCCGCGGCCGCCGUCGGCCUGCCCUCCCGCGCCAAGGCUCCUGCUCAGGGCCCCCCUCCUGAAGGUGAGGUCUUGCCGCCAGCUCAGCCGGCACCGUCUACACAACCUGCCCAGUCCGUGCAGUCCACGCAGCCCGCCCAGCCUACACAGCCCUCGCAGCUCAGCCAGCCAGGCCAGCCACCAAGCAGCAAGCUGCCCCCGGUCUCCCAGGAGGCGAAGGGGACCCAGACAGCCGUAGAGCAGCCGCGCCUCCCCGCUGUGCCCCCCAGCAGGCCAGCCGAGCCUCACGCCCCGAUGCCGCGGGCGCAGGCCGAAACCAGCCAGACCUCCUACCCCUCCCCCGUGUCUGUCUCCAUGAAGCCUGACCUCCCGGCCCCUCUCCCCGCUCAGGCCGCCCCCAAGCAGCCGCUGUUUGUCCCCACCACCUCAGGCCCCAGCACCCCCCCAGGCCUGGCCCUGCCACACCUCGAAGCCCAGCCCGCCCCCAAACAAGAUUCUUCUUCACACUUGACUUCCCAGAGGCCCGUGGAUAUGGUCCAGCUCCUGAAGAAGUACCCCAUCGUGUGGCAGGGCCUGCUCGCUCUCAAGAACGACACGGCUGCUGUGCAGCUCCACUUCGUCUCUGGGAACAACGUGCUGGCCCACCGCUCCCUGCCACUCUCUGAAGGGGGCCCCCCGCUGAGGAUCGCCCAGAGGAUGCGGCUAGAGGCCUCGCAGCUGGAUGGAGUGGCCCGCAGGAUGACGGUGGAGACAGACUACUGUUUGCUGCUGGCUCUGCCCUGCGGUCGUGACCAAGAAGAUGUCGUCAGCCAGACCGAGUCCCUCAAGGCCGCCUUCAUCACCUACCUGCAGACUAAGCAGGCGGCAGGGAUCAUCAACGUCCCCAACCCUGGCUCCAAUCAGCCCGCCUACGUGCUGCAGAUCUUCCCACCCUGCGAGUUCUCCGAGAGCCACCUGUCCCGUCUGGCCCCUGACCUCCUCGCCAGCAUCUCCAACAUCUCUCCCCACCUCAUGAUCGUCAUCGCCUCUGUGUGAGCCACUGCCAGGUCAGCCCUCGGGUGUGCUCCCGGGCUCUGCCGCGAAAAAGACCCAUAGGACAACCCAGCCACGCGGAGGAAGGCGCUGCCGAAGGGGACAGGCUCCGCUGCCAGACGGCCACUCGCCUCCUGCCC